GACUCUGUGUCAGAGAGGAACAGGGUCCAUUUUUAAAGUCUUGUUGAAGAUGAUACGUGUAGAACUUUUAGUUCUCUCUCUCCUAACAGUCUUACCAGUGGUGAUGGGAGAUACCAUUGGUUACCUGGGAGAGUCUGUCACCUUAUCUUCUGGAGCCAACCCAUCCUGGCACAUCACCAAGAUAACGUGGUCCAUAUACAAUAACGAUACCUGGAUUGCAACGUUCAAGGGCAAAAAUCGCAACACAGAAUGGUUCGGGCCGUUUAAGGGUCGACUGAGUAUCAACACCUCGUCUGGUGACUUGGAGAUCAGAGAUGUUAGGAGAGGGGAUGACAUGGUUUACUCUGUUCUCCUCACACACGGUCAGGGAGAGCAGCAGAUCAGUAAGGUACGGCUCACUGUGACAGAGCGUCUCAUUGAGCCUAGUGUUCGUAAGGUCUUCAGCGUUUUGAAGGACGGCUACUGCGUGAUGGCUCUUCAGUGCUCCUCUACAGUGAAGGACACCAGCUUUUCUUGGGAACCAGAGGCUUCGUUUGACGGCUCCUUCUGGAGGGGGAGUCCCAAUGCCAACAUAUCUGUUGUCUGGUCGUCUUACAGCCCCAACAGAAAUGUCACCUUCAUAUGUACUGCCAGCAAUGGGCUCACUAACGCCUCUAGGGUUGUGAGGGAGACAUGCCAAGAUGAACAGCUUAAGCCUGACGUGGUGGUGGACGGGGAGACCCGUGUCCCCGGGAUCAUAAAGUUGCUCUUAGGAUUUCUGUUUGGAUGUCUUUUAACAUAUAUUUUCAGAGAGUCCCUCACAUGCUCAUCAAUCAGGUUCAACAAGCGUCGAAGCAUCAACCAGGUGGGUGCUACACUUUCGGAAGUUGAAAGAAAAUCCAGUCUACCUAUAGAGAGGAGCUGAACAUCGUACUUGACAAAGUGCCUGAUGAAGAGCACCUGCCCUGACUGACAUUUCUCCCUGGUUGUUCCAUCUAUGCUCCCCCACUCAACCUACUGUCUAUCCAUACUGCCUCAAUGCCUUAUCAUCUGAUGCUGUUGAAGCCAAUCGCCCAAGAAUCUGCCAGAUCCUUUUGUUUUUGUGAUCGUUUUUUAAAGUGACUUUGAGAUUCUUAAAUGAAAUCGCUAAAUAAAAUACAUAUAUUAUUAUUAUUAUUAUUAUUAUUAUUAUUAUUAUUAUUAUUCUGUAAUGAAGAGGAUAAUACACCUGAAAUACAAAAAUGUAAUUUAUGUUGUAAUUCAUGUUUUUCUAUCACUUGAAGGUAGCCUUUCUCAAAUACUGCACUUUUGUGACUGUGAAUCAUUAUAUGAUCUAUGCGUUAUGAUUUCUACAAAUCAUUAUAUUUAUUAGGAUGUUCUCUCCUUUUUCUCAAUAUGUAAAGACAGUAUUAUUGUUUUAAGGUCUAUUCAUUGUCUACUUUCACACAACAAGAAAAUAUAGUUUGUGAGCAUAUGUUGAAUUGAUGGGAAUGUGUCCUAUGUGAUUUCUACAAAGCAUGUCUGUGGAAUGUAAAAUGUUUUACUGUACAAUACACAUCUAAACUACAAUACAUACAAAUACAAAUAAAUUGUUUUCAACUCUUGUUGAAACAGUAUCACCGGUAA